GCCGCAGCCCAUCGCGAGCAUCUGCAAGGGAGCGAGCCACCAGUGCCGCCUCACCAGAUCCUUGCGACAAAGAGCAGCAGCUGAAGCGGAUCUUUGGCCCUACUGGCAUGCCCCAAGCUCCUUAUCCUUAUCCAUUAAAGCCUGACCCACUGAACGUGUGUCUUUUCGACGUGGAUCUUGUCUUCGAAAGGCUGCUGAAUGGACCUGCACCAGGGGCCCGCGUCGGCAACAACCUGCCGAACUGA